AUGUCUGCCCAAAGACCAACCGGCCAUGGCGCAGCUGGCGACGACACUCUGUCCUCCAAGACUCAGACGGCGACCAUGACAUCGACGACGGCCAUGGCCACUCCGUUCCCACCGUCGACAGCAGAGCAACCAUCGACCCGAAAGGAACCACCUCCCGAAAAACUAUGCGAUAUUCGCAGACGCAUAUGGGUUAUAGGCUCGUUCUGGUUGAUCGUCCUGCUCUUGGGAUUGCCAAUAUGGUGGAAGACGACUACCAUCCACCGAGCUAAUCUUCCCCUGAAGGAGAUGCUCGACUGGGCUGAUGGCAAGGCAUGUCGUCCUGUCUUUCCCCUGCGCAUCUCAAUACAAGCCAACUCGCUCCAGGAGCACGAGGCUCAGAACCUCCUCCGUCUCACCCAACACGCCCUCGAUGACCUUAACGAUUUCUCGGGGCACCACUUGCGCCUGCAACUUUCCGCGCCCGCCGCAGCACAGAAACUAAAUGACGAAUCCAACGCGGCUCUCACGAUACGUCUUCUUCCUGGCGAGGCCGUGACAGCAACACUCGAUCCUUACGAGCCGGUCCUAGAUAUCACAUAUCCACCGAAUGCUGCGCCCUCGGCAACAUCAGCUUCGUCAUCGCUAGCGACCUACGUGGCCGGCCAGCUACGAUCUACUUUUGCCGAGGAGCAAGCCAUUAUAUCCUACCUGCUCUCUAGCAACUCGAUACCGACCGAUUACCGGCCUCAGGGCUUGACCCCAGAAGCGGUCGAAUCACUUGCCAAGCGGACCACACGAUCACUCAAGUAUGCGCCGACAUACCACCUCACCUUUUCUCUGUUCACUAGCGGACCGCUUCCAAGCAGCUGGGACAUUGAAGCCGCGAUUCAAGACUACAUGAAACCCGUGCUCGAUCUGCUCUCGCCCAUCCAUAACUUUACGAUUGAUACCCAGGUGCAGCUCUACGCAUCCCCUGGAGUGCAGAACCAGGCACUUGGCAAGGAUGACCUCUCGUCCUUCAUCAACGCCGCUGAAUGGCCUCUUUCUCCCUCCAUCGGCGGUGCACCAACGGUGAACUUCAUUGUGUUCGUUGGCAACCAGACCAUUGCGCUGCCCUCCCAGAAUGGCCAGGACUCAACCGAGGGCGGCUUGACCACUUCCCAGUCAUGGCUGAUCCCACAAUGGGGCACCGUUUACUUGCUUUCCCUUCCCCAUGAUACGGCUCACGUGUCUGUCGAUGCCCUGAAGCAGCCUUUGUUGACCUUUACAUCCCACCUCUUGUCCCUUACCGGGACCCCAAACUCUGGUUCCCUCCCGCUGCGCCUGUCUACGCUGUCCCGUAUCCGCUCGGCAGACCUACUUCUCCGGGCCUCGUCUACCCUCGGUUCCUUGGCUCGUCUUGCCUUGGCACUCAAGUCCAUUUCAAUCCCUAGCAGUGUCGCGGAUGGUGUCUCCAAGACCAUUUAUCAUCUGCGCCAAGCUUGCGAGACCCUGGGCGAAGCCGAGGGCUUGGAGCAUGCCAGAAUCGCCGAGGCCGAGGCUGAGCGGGCCUUCUUCGAGAAGAGCAUGGUUGGCCAGCUGUAUUUCCCGGAUGAGCACAAGGUCGCCGUAUAUCUUCCUUUGCUUGGACCUGUGGCUGUGCCCUUGGUCAUGGGAAUGUUGAACGAGUUGAAGGCUUGGAGGAAGAGGAGAAAGGAGGCAGCAGAGAAAGGGAAGGAGAAGAAGAAGGAGUGA